AUGGAUUUUCUUGCAUCUUUUGAUAAAUUUGGAGCAGUCUAUAAACCCAAAAUAAAACAAGAAUAAAAGAACUACCAGACAGUGUUCGGUGGAAUUAUUUCGAUAAUGAUUUAUAUGGUAAGUUUCAUAUACUUUUGUUACAAAAUCUAUUAGUUUGGAAAGAAUGAAGUCAACCCCAUCUAAUCGAUUGCUUAUGAAUAUACUUAAAAUUUAACCAUGGCUGAUAAUAAAGAUUUUUUAAGCUUUGAAGUUCUUGGAACCUAGAUUAAUCCUUUCAAUAGGACAUCCCAAAUUCUUGUCCCAAUGAUGAUUUUCUAAGGAUAUGAGUAAAUGGAAUAGUAGGCAUUUUUUACUUAAGAUGACAUAUACAAUAAUAAUGAGGUUGACUUUGAUAUUCAAAAAUACACUCCUAAAAAUAUAAGCCUUUAAAAUGGAGUUGGAGAUUAUCCCCAUAAAGUUUUAAUUGUGUUGCGAAUAUGUGAUUCGAAGACUCAAACUAAUUGUGCUGAUGAUGCUGUAAUUGAUUCCUUUUUUAACCAAAAUAAUCUCUUGAUUAGGACAACAGUUCAGACUGAGUAAUACAAUUCAUUUCACAGAAGUAUCAAUAACAUGUCUACUGAGAUGAUUUUUGCUCUAGAUAGAUCAGCAACUUUUUAUCAAAGAGUGAUUAUGCAAGCUCAACUCUUAGAAAUAGAUGAAGCUCCUCUCUUCCCUACUUACGACUCUAAAUGGAUUUUUAGCGAUCAGUUUAUUUAGACUUAAAGCUUAGGGUAAAGUUUUAAGAGCAACUUUCCUGCAUUGUUUAUCACAGAAUUGUCUAUGUCCUCUGUAACUUAAAAAAAAGUUGUCUAAUAUAUUAAGGUUUCUCAAGUUCUAGCAGAUGUAGGCUCAAUAUUUUCAAGUCUUAUGCUAUUCAGUAUUAUAAUCUCUACUUUCAAUGAAUUUUUAAUGGAAUAAGAACUCAUUAAACAAGUCAUUGAGAUUUACUAUCCCUAAUUCUCUAAAUUUGAAUUCAGACGACUAUUAAAUUUUGGUCCUAUAUCAGAAGUAAGAUUCGAAGGGAAAACAGUGGAUUUAGAUUAGUUUUAAAAAUUCUAUGAGAAUGCUAAGACUAUUGCCAAAAAUAAACUAACUGUGCACAAUAGCAUAUAUUAAACUUCGAGAUUGUAGUUUGCUAUUUAAGGGUUAGUUGCACGAGAGGCCUUGAAGAAAUUAAAAUCCUAGGGGAUAAAAUUAAAUUUGAAUUACGAUAAUAAUUUUAAAUCUCCUCGGGAAAAUUAAGUUCAAGGAUCCAAAUCCUCAGUUAUAGAAUAUCAGGAAAUAGAGGAUCAUGUAAAUCUCCAAUUUACAGAUGGAGAUUUUAAUUUGCUUGAUGAAGAGGAUAAUAGUUAGCAUGAAAAAUAAAAAAUAAAUGAAGAAAACUAAGAAAAUCAUUGA